AUGACCACAUUCGCCAAGCCCAAUCGUCCUCUCACCUGGUUAAUUACUGGGACCUCCUCAGGCUUUGGUGAAUCUUUGGCCCGUCUCGUCCUCGCCAAUGGCCACAAGCUAAUCGCAACUUCCCGCAACCUUUCCCGUAACCCAGAUUUCGUUGCCGAGGUCAACGCUCACGGAAACGGUAGCAAAUGGCUUAAGCUCGACGUUGAUAAUCAGAAUAGCGACAAGUUCAUCGAAUCUCUCGAGGAGUCAGGAGACAAAAUCGAUGUCCUAGUAAACAACGCCGGAUAUUCGAUUUAUGGCCCGAUGGAAACUCUCACCGAAGAGGAACUGCGAGCACAGAUGGAUACUCUGUACUUUGGUCCCGUCAGACUCAUCCGUGCCGUCUUACCGCACAUGCGAAAGCGAAAAUACGGCGUCAUCGUAAAUAUAAGCAGUGGUGCCGGCUUGGAAGGAAGAGAUAGCAUGGGUGGUUAUGCCGGAGCCAAGGCUGCCCUCGAUGGAAUGUCUAAGGUCCUUGCUAAGGAAGUUGCCCCGUUUGGCAUUCGUACUUUGACAGUCACGCUUGGGACCUUCAAUACAAGUUUCGGCGACGCCACCCGCGUUGGCAAGACUCCCCUCCCUGAUGUUUAUAAGGGGUCUGUAGCAGAUCAGAUGAUCCAAAUUAUGUCCAGUGGCACGUUCAAACCAAAUGGUGAUAAAGACAAGGCCAUGAAGGCAUUGUAUGAGGUCGUUAUUGGGGAGGGCGUUGGCAAAGGCCACGAAGCUGAAAGUCUUCUACCCCUGGGCCAAGAUAUGACGGUUCGUGUGAAGACGGUCCAGGAGUAUCUUGGUCACGCUUUAGAAGUCUUCGGUGAUGUCUGCAAUAACGUCAGCCUGGAAAAGAAAUAA